AUGAGCAGACCAAUUGUGGCAGGUGACAGACAGACAGCGACAGACGACCAACAGACCAACAGAGAUUUAAACCAGUACCAAGACAAAAACCAAGACCAAGAUCUGGAGACAAGUGACCCACCUCGACCUGGCUCAUCUGGACACGACCCUGACAAACCAAAUGACGUGUUUCCACCUUUCCUUAGCUCACCUGUACCCACAAACACACAGACACCUUGGGAGACGCAGCUGCUACACUUUUCACACCUGUCCCCCUUUCGUAACCCUCGCAACACCAUUCCUUCACGUUUACCUUUAAAUUCUGUAGCUAAGAUGAAUUUGAGUCGUGAGUUUGAUGUUACUUCGUCGCCUCCCGUUUCUCUCACGCCUAAAUCUUCGCAUAUCUUACCUCAGAGUUAUGCUAAAGAGCGAGUGACACCGAAACAGGACAUUAAUGAAGCUUGGUUCGAUCCUACUAAAGAUACUGGAAGGAAGACAGGUACUCGUGUUUCUGGAGGUGAAAAUGUAGGUGUGUCUUAUCCAUUUGGGUUUGAAGAUGGAGCCACGGUUACGGAAAUACAGGGAAAGAUACAGGAUUCAGUAGCAGAAGAGAUACAACAUGAAAAUCUCCGUUCACAGGAACAGCGCCAGACUUUUCCUGCAGGAGAGGGACACCUGACAGCACUCCUCAGCAUCUUGAAGGAGACAGAGGGCAGUGACACAACACGCCAGGAAGAGGAGAGGACAAGAUUAACACAAGAAUUCAAAACGUUUACUGAAAAUAUAAUAAACACGAAUUUGUCUGAACGUGACAUUGUAUCCCUGCUGCAAGUGAUUCAUAAGUAUCAAGAGAACCAAAAGAACCGGAACCUCUUCUUUGAUGACUACGAUUCACUCCAGAAACAUCAAUUCACAGCACGAUCUAAAGUUUCCGCACCCUCAGAAGAUCACCAGACGCGCAUCUUUACUAACGAAACGAAGAGCAAAGGAUACUCGUACAUUCGUGGUGGUCAUUGGAGAGGAAGAACCGCACCUCCUUCCACUACACUUGGUCCGUUCACCUACAACAACGGCACUGUCACCUUCCACAACGGAGUGCCUAACUUUGGGGUCCACUCAACGCUACAGAAGUUACAUUACAUCCUGAUAGGCAAAUUGGAUUCACUUCAACACAAGACUUCUGCUGGAGUUCAAAUAACCUUCGAGAAUGGUGUCCCUAUCAUAUCUUCCAGUAAGGGACCCGCUCCACGUCCCAUCCUGUCCAUCCUGCAGCAGGCUGUUAACACUGCCACUGAAGCGGAGUCUCCUGAAGGGAACGCAGGGAUGAAAGACAGGAUUCAGGAUAUAGAAACUAGCAUCCCUGUACCUCUCUCCCUUGAAAGCAGAACCACCAGUGAACCUACACCGUCAGAUACUACAGAAGGCGUUGACGCAAAACCAUUUCCCGUUCUGUGGGACACUGGAUCACCACACAGAGAAAACGUCAGUCAUUUCUCCUUUCUUAAGCAACUGAAGGAGUUUCUCUUUCUAAAGGACAAGACUGAAGAAGGCGAUGAAGACACGGACCCUUUCCAGUACAGAAUCGGGAGUCGUGAUGACCUAAACACUGAGGAUGAAGGCUCUGGAGUCACCAGCACACAACCCAAGGACGACUCACCCAGCCAGCGGGAAGAUCAAGGGCAGGUUGUCAUCAGCGUCAAUCAAAACCAGAACCAGGAACAGAGUCAAGUCAUGCCCUUGCUGCUGGUUCGCCCUGGACACUCACCAAACUCCCAAGGUUAUCCUCAGGAACUUCACUCUUAUUCACAGAGACCGACUGGUGUGGGUCUGGUUCCUUGGCAUCCUUUUAACCUGUUAGGGCUUUCAAACCUGUUAUCUAAGCCUACUGCCACCACCACAAAGCCAAGCCAGAGUGGUUCAGAGGCCUCCUGUACCUCUGCUUUCUCCGUGGUUCCAAAUCCUGACGGUUCCAGUGAGAACUCUGGCGUGUUUUCCUUCAAGGUGGUUCAGAGUAGCUUCCGAUCAGAACAUUGUCUUACUGGUUCUCCCUUCCAAGUCGUCACGAACCAAAAUACCUCCAGUGUCUUCCCUUUUACUGUCACGUCUGGUAUAAAUGGUUCCCUUUCAGACAGUGGCAGGUACCCAUUCCAGGUCAUUCCAGGCCCGGAUGGUAUGGGUGGCGUGACCUUUGCAAUAAAACCACACCCAGAUGACCCGAACCCUGGACCAUAUCCCUUCACCAUAGUCCCUGACCCUAGUGACCCUGAUACCUUCCUUGUAGUGCCAAAACCAGGGUCAGGAACUACACAGGGUACACCAGGUCAGGGAGACGGUACAGGGGAUCAUCCGUACCUACUUGUACCUGAAGGAGUCACAGUAGGAGGAGGACCUGUCACUAUCAUAACCAAUUCUUCUGAAGGAGGAAAAGAUGAACCGUACUUUGAAAUACUGCACUCGAUUGGUUCUGAAGGCAGGCAUCCGGUUCUAGUGUACCCAAGACCGCCUGAUGAGAACGGUUCUACUAGCCUUCCAACACAUAUCUUCAUACCGGAUCCGACUGCCCCGCCUACCACUUCCGGACUGGUUCCUGGUAUUUUAGUCGCAAUACCGCAGCAAACCACUACUACUACUACUACUACCACUACUACCACACCUGCUACGACUACUACCGCUGAUACUACCAAUGCUACUACUGUUACUACUACUACUACUACUACUGCUGUUCCUACCACUGCUACCACAACUACUACUGAUACUACAACCUCGUCCCUCUCCACAUCAGAAGAACCAAAAACUACCAGGGAAAUGACCACCAUGGAACCAACACCAACAGAACCGAACACAAUGGAAUCCACAACUGCUGAACCAACCACAGCAGAACUCACCACCAUAGAACCAACGACCACCGUAGAAGCAAUGACGACCUCUCAACCGAACACAAUGGAAUCCACAACUAUAGAACCAAACACUGAAGAAUUGACAACCACAAUACAACCAAGUACUAUGGAACCAUCAACCACUGCAGAACCAACGACCACUGAUGAACCAGCUACAACCACAAAACCAACGACCACCAUGGGACCAAUGACCACCAUGGAACCAACGACAACCAUGGAACCAACGACAACCAUGGAACCAACGGCAACAACGGAACCAAUGACAACUGAUGAACCAACGACCACCAUGGAACCAACGACCACUGAUGAACCAACGACCACCAAAGAACCAACGACAACAAUGGAACCAACGACCACCAUGGAACCAACGACAACCAUGGAACCAACGAAAACCAUGGAACCAACGACCACUGAUGAACCAACGACCACCAUGGAACCAACGACCACCAUGGAACCAACGACAGCCAUGAAACCAACGACAACCAUGGAAUCAACGACCACUGAUGAACCAACGACCACCACUAAACCAACGACCACCAUUGAACCAACGACCACUGAUGAACCAACAACCACCAUGGAACCAACGACCACCAUUGAACCAACGACCACUGAUGAACCAACGACCACCACUGAACCAACGACCACCAUUGAACCAACGACCACUGAUGAACCAACAACCACCAUGGAACCAACGACUACAAUGAAACCAAUGACCACUGAUGAACAGAGGACCACCAUGGAACCAACGACCACGAUUGAACCAACGACCAUCAUGGAACCAACGACCACCAUGGAACCAACAACCACUGAUGAAUCAACGACCACCAUGGAAUCCACGACCACAAUGGAACCAACGACCACAGUGGAACCAACGACCACUGAUGAAACAACGACCACCAUGGAACCCACGACCACAAUGGAACCAACGGCCACAGUGGAACCAAUGACAACCAUGGAACCAACGACAACCAUGGAACCAACAACCACAGUGGAACCAACGACCACUGAUGAAACAACGACCACCACGGAACCAACCACCAACAUGGAACCAACGACCACUAUGGAACCAGCGACCACCAUGGAACCCACGACCACUGAUGAACCAACGACCACCAUGGAACCAACGACAACCAUGGAACUAACGACCACUGAUGAACCAACGACCACUGAUGAACGUACGACUACCAUGCAACAAACGACCACCGUGGAACCAACGACCACCAUGAAACCAACGAUUAGCAUGGAACCCACGACCACCAUGGAACCAACGACCACUUUGGAACAAACAACCACCGUGGAACCAACGACUACAUCCAAACCAACGACCACCAUGGAACCAAAGACCACCACAGAACCAACGACCACCAUGGAACCCACGACCAUCAUGAAACCAAUGACCACUGUGGAACCAACGACCACCAUGGAACCAACGACCACUGUGGAACAAACGACCACCGUGGAACCAACGACUACAUCAGAACCAACGACCACCAUGGAACCAACGACUGCCACAGAACCAACGACCACCAUAGAAUCAACGACCACUGAUGAACCAACGACCACCACAGAACCAACGACCACCAUAGAAUCAACGACCACUGAUGAACCAACGACCACCACAGAACCAACGACCACCAUAGAAUCAACGACCACUGAUGAACCAACGACCACCACAGAACCAACGACCACCAUAGAAUCAAUGACCACUGAUGAAUCAACGACCACCAUAGAACAAACAACCACUGAUGAACCAACGACCACCACAGAACCAACGACCACCACAGAAUCAACGACCACUGAUGAACCAACGACCACCAUAGAACCAACAACCACUAAUGAACCAACGACCACCACAGAACCAACGACCACCAUGGAACCAACGAAAACUGAUGAAGCAACGACCACCAUGGGACCAACAACCACCGUGGAACCAACGACCACCAUGGAACCUACGACCACCAUGGAACCAAAGACCACUAUGGAACAAACGACCACCGUGGAACCAACAACUACAGUGGAAUCAUCGACCACCAUGGAACCUGCUACCACCAUGGAACCAAUGACCACCCUGGAGGCAACGACCACAACGGAACCAACUACUUCCAUGGAACCAAUGAUCACUGAUGAAAUAACGACCACCACGGAACCAAUGCUCACUAAUGAACCAACCACCAUGGAACCAACGACCACUAUGGAACCAACGACCACCGAUGAACCAACGGAACCAACGACCACCAUGGAACUUACGACCACCAUGAGUCCAACGACCACCGUAGAACCAACAACCACAACGGAACCAACGACCACUGAUGAACCAAUGACCACCGUGGAACUCACGACCACCAUGGAACCAACGACCACUGAUGAACCAACGACCACCAUGGAAUCAACGACCACCGUGAAGCCAACGACCAUCAUGGAACUGACGACCACUGUGGAACAAACGACCACAACAGAACAUAUGAUCACAACAGAACCAACGACCAACACAGAACCGACGACCACCAUGGAACCAACGACUACCAUGGAACCAACGACCACCACAGAACCAACAACCACCAUGGAACCAACGACCACUAAUGAACCAACGACCACCAUGGAACCAACGACCACUAUGGAAUCAACGACUACCGUGAAACCAACUAUCACUGUGGAACCAACGACUACCAUGGAACCAACGGCCACUGAUGAACCGACGACUACCAUGGAACUAACGACCACCAUGGAACCAACGACCACUGAUGAACCAACGACCACCGUGAAACCAAUGACCACCGUGGAACCAACAAUCACCGUGGAACCAACAACUACCAUGGAACCAACGACCACUGAUGAACCAAUGACCACCAUGGAACCAACGACCACCACGGAACCAACGACCACUAUGGAACCAACGACCACCAUGGAACCAACGACUACCAUAGAACCAACCACCACUGAUGAACCAAAGACCACCAUAGAACCAACGAUCACUGAUGAACCAACGACCACUGAAGAAACAACGGCCACCAUGGAACCAACGACCACCACAGAACCAACGACCACCACAAAACCAGCGACAACCAUGGAACCCACAACCACCAUGGAACCAACGACCACCAUGGAACCAACGAACACCGUAGAACCAACAACCACCAUGGAACCAACGACCACCAUGGAACCCACGACUACCGUGAAACCAACGAUCACAGCAGAACCAACGACCACUACAGAAACGACGACCACCAUGGAUCCAACGACCACAACAGAACCAAUGACCACUGAUCAACCUACGACCACUGAUGAACCAACGACCACCACAGAACCAACGACCAAAACAGAACCAACGACCACUGAUGAACCAACGACCACUGAUGAACCAACGACCACCACAGAACCAACGACCACAAUAGAACUAACGAGCACCAUGGAACCAACGACCACUGAUGAACCAACGACUACCGUGGAACCAACGACCACUGAUGAACCAACGACCACCGUGAAACCAACGACCACCAUGGAACCAACGACCACCGUAGAACCAACGACCACCACGGAACCAACGACCACCGUAGAAACAACGACCACCAUGGAACCAACGACCACCGUAGAGCCAUCGACCACCACGGAACCAACGACUACUGAUGAACCAACGACCACUGAUGAACCAACGACCACCGUGGAACCAACAACCACCGUGGAACCAAUGACCACUGAUGAACCAACGACCACCAUGGAACCAACGACCACCGUAGAACCAACCACCACCAUGGAACCAACGACCACCGUAGAACCAACGACCACUAUGGAACCAACGACCACAACAGAACCAACGACCACAACAGAACCAACGACCACAACUACGACCACAACCACAACCACACCCACCACCACUACUACCACCACCACCACCACUACUACCACUCCGACUACCACUACCAGAAGAACCACUACUAGAAGAACGACCACAAGACGACCACUCAUUCCCAUCAACCCUCACAGCGGUUCUCGUCUGAAUGUGAACGGACCAAUCAUAGAUGAGUUUGCGGAGAGGACCAAUCACGUGCCUGUGGGAGCUGGUGACGUCAUUUCUUCAGGCAGUCACAGGAGCGCCUCGCCUUCAGGAAGAACGCGACUAAAUACGAAAUUCAGUGACUUUUGGACGAAAUAUUGGGGGUGGUCAGCGCGGAACGAAAUGCUAGAGAGAGAGAGAGAGAGAGAGAGAAGCAUUACAUCACUACCUUAUGUAACUUCUAAAUCCCGGAACUUACGGGCUCUCCUCUCGGCCCGUCUGGAAUCAUUAAGUCAUCAGGCAGGGCCAGUGUGUGUCCUUCCCUGCCUGCCUCCCUCCCACCAGCCAGCCAGCCAGCCAGACUGCCCCGCGCCGGGUUCAUCUCUCCAAGCAGACGUGCCCGCCACACAGAUCCUCAUGGCAUAA